AUGAGCCAUAAACAUUCAUAAAUUGAAGUUUAACAUUUGUUUUUCCCAAAUGAAGAUAACUUUUCUAGAUUUUAGAAGAAAUUAAAAAAAUGUAAAUCUACAAUUUUGGGCUGUAUUUAUUAGUUGACUCAUUCAACUAUUAUUGAAAUUUUAGUUUAAUUAGCAAAUUAAGGAUGUCGAGUUGAUUUAAUUAUGGAUUAAAAUUCAGAUGAGCAAGAUGAAAGAAAAAAAACAACAAUUCACAUGCUUUUAGUUAUGAGUGGAUUCAAAAUAAAUAUCUCUUUAAUUGAAAAUAAAGGUUUAAUGCAUUCCAAAUUUUGUGUAAUUGAUAAAAAAAUUACAAUUUUAGGUAGUGCAAAUUGGACUUAUUAAGCAUUUUAAAAUAAUUUUGAGCAUAUAACCAUAUUUAAAGAUUCAAAAACAGCAAAAUUAUAUACAGAGUAAUUUCGUGUUAUUUGGGAUUAAGCAAAAUUAGCGAAGUAUAUUGAUUCUUAGAUUAUUUAUUAACCUAAUUAAAAUUGUGUAGAAUUUAAUAAAAAAAUAGUGUCAAAUAAAUUUGGAAUCAAAAAAAGAUAAUUUAAAAUUAAGUUUAGAAAAUAAAAAAAUAGUCUUAAUUAUAAAAAAAAAGAACAACAAUUACAAAAUGUUACAUUACCUUAAUUUCAAUAGAUUUAAAUCAAAUAAAAUCUACCUUUAUUUGAAUUAUCAUAAAUAGAAGAGUAAAAAAAAGCAUAAACACAACAUUAAAAUGAAAUCUUAGAUUUUCUUGAAAAUAUAAGAUUGCACGAUGAAAAAAAAUAAAACUAUUCAGGUAUCACAAUUUAAAACGAAAAUUAAAAAUUGUUGUAAGAUAAUAAAAACGAUUCUAGUCAGUAUGAUUCAAACCCUUGGUAAAUGAAAAAUUAGUUAUUUUUUCCAAAUAUAAUUAAAAAUUCAACUAAACACAAAUAAAUAUAGAAAUAAGAAUAAAAUAUUAUUAUAAUUGAUGACGAAGAUGUAGAAGAAGUGCAAAUUAUAAAUGAUUUCUCAAAACAUUUUUUGUGA